UUCUUUUAACAUCCCAAACCUUUUUUUUCUGUCUACAUCAUUCACACAGGCCACCAAAGUUAGAACCUUUCUCUCUCUCUUUCUUCAUCUUCUUCUCCCUCACACACAGCAUCUGAUUCCAAAACCUGUGAAAGUCUCAAACUUUAUAACAGAUCUGCAGAUGGGUGGCUCUGGAAACUGGAUUAAGUCUCUGAUCUCUAACAAGAAACCCAUCGCUGAUGAUCAUCAGUUAGGUGAUAAGAACAGCAAGAAGAAGUGGAAGCUCUGGAGGACUUCAUCGGAGAGUUUCAUCUCUUCCUCAAAGGGUUUCAAGAGCCGUGCUGGUAGCUACGGCACUCCUUCUCUUGGCUCGGAUCCACCGUCUUUCUCAGCAGACGAUUCUUUCGCCGCGUCUGUUGCUGCUGUUAUCAGAGCUCCACCUAAAGACUUCUUCCUUGUCAAACGUGAAUGGGCUGCUACUCGGAUCCAAGCUUCUUUUCGAGCUUUCCUGGCAAGACAGGCGCUGAGAGCUUUGAGAGCGGUGGUGAGGAUUCAGGCGAUAUUCCGUGGUAGGCAAGUCAGGAAACAAGCAGAUGUGACAUUGAGGUGUAUGCAAGCUCUUGUUCGAGUCCAAGCUCGUGUAAGAUCUCACUGUAACAGGGCUCCUUCUUCAGAUGGACAGGAGCUGCAGAAACCAUCUGAAGUAAAGGAUGAUCCUGCUAAGCAAGCUGAGAAGGGUUGGUGUGAUAGCCCUGGAAGUGUGAAUGAAGUGAGAACAAAGCUACAGAUGAGGCAAGAAGGAGCUAUCAAGAGGGAGAGAGCUAUGGUGUAUGCACUCACACACCAGCCAAGGACGUGUCCAAGCCCUAACGUUAAGGUGAACAAACAAGGGAGUGUUAAGAAGAAUAAUUGGUCAUGCAAGAGUAGCAGUCCAGGUUGGAACUGGCUUGACAGGUGGGUUGCGGAUAGGCCAUGGGAAGGACGGUUGAUGGAAGGUCCUGCAAACUCGUUAGAGAAUGCAAGGAAAAGUGAGAGCAGUGUGUCUGAACAUGACACGGUUCAGGUCAGGAAGAACAGUCUCACAACCAGAGUUUUGGCUAGACCUCCUCCAAUGUCAUCCUCAGCUACGAGUUCCGAGACUUCUUCCACAUCUCAGUCCCCGGUUCCCUUCUCAGGAAGCUUCCUUGAGGAAGGAGGGUAUUACAGAAAGCCAAGCUACAUGAGCCUGACGCAAUCCAUCAAAGCUAAGCAGAGACGAUCAGGUUCUUCUUCAUCGUCAUGUUCCAAAACACCGUUUGAGAAGAAACAGUCUAUGUCUUACAAUGGAGAUGUGGAUGCAAAGCGUAGUGCAGGUUCGGAUCUAUAUCCACCGGCUCAAGUAACAGGGAGGCAUAUGUGGGCAAAGAGCCAGAGAGGCUAAGAAGUUUUCUUCAGGCAUUUCAACAGCUUGUUGGUCCCACGAAACACAUAGAGACACGGGUUAUAGAUAAAGAGGCCAUUUCUGUGUAUCUUUUAGAUAUGAUUGUCAAGGAGUUAGUUUGAAGACUGCAUGGACCAU